AUGCCAGGCUUUCCGCCAGAGCAAACUGACUCGAUAACGGCAUGGAAGAAACGCAAGCGGGAUCAUGAAGAGCCAAGGACUCUAGCAUGUCCAACAACAUAUGUCCCGUCUUGUCGAGUCGAUCGGCCCGAAUACGACGGUAGUUGCUCAUUGCCUCUAUCACGACACCCGGACGGAACAGACGUCUCCUUCCGACCACGCUGCCUCCCCCGCAAGCGCCGACAUAUCCAAGGCCCUUAUCUUACACUUCCAUCCCAGCACCAACAUCAACAUCAACAAUCUCCAACCCACCUCUCCCCAAACGUCUACGGCACGCCAAACCAAAACCCAUACUCACCCCCGGUCUCCCCCAAGACCCUCGUGCCCUUCCACUACCCUACUCAACAAUCGGCCUCUCCCUCUGCCCUCCGCCCCUGCCACAUCUGCCAUCGGCGCCCAACGACCCGCCAAGUCCUGGACGCCUACGCAGACUGCGAUCUCUGCCACGAACGGGCAUGCUUCAUCUGUCUCCGGCAAUGCGACAGCGCAUCAUGCGGCGGGACAUUCGGUCUCUCAGAAGAUCCAGGUAUGCACAUGCACACGAGCCCAACCGAUGACGCCAGCUACGAUGUCAACGAGGCACCGAGGAGGAAAAUCUGCUCGGGCUGUGCUGUGGAGGAAGUCACCGAGACCGGGGCAGAGAUCGUGCGUUGCCUUGACUGCGUUCGCGGUGCAGGCUCGUGGACUGCAACGACUAUUCCAUCUGCUUGGGCUUUGGAUGAUAUGCGGCAUGAGGAUAUGACCGACUGA